UUUGAAAUUUCUGUAGCGUCGAGACGUCGUCUAAUUCUGUUUUCCUAACUAUUUUUGCAUAAAAUCUUGCCCAAAACCUUUAAUUUUAUGUCCCUCGUCUAUUCAUCACGCUUUUAAGAACUAGAAACCGUGAAUAAUGAAGUGCAUCGUUAAAUCAUGCAAACAUGAUUUCCACCAAGCAGCGCCAGGCUUCUCAAAACAUCGGUUCCCGCGAGACGAGGCUUUGCGCUUGCUGUGGAUCAAGGCCGUAGCAUUGGGCAACAAUCAGCUGUUGGAUCCAGAUACAAACUACGAGAGUGUCCUGAUCUGCUCAGACCACUUUACACCGGAGUGUUUUAGUGAUACAAAAGCCAGGAAAACUCUUCGUAGAGAGUCCAUUCCCACCGUGUUUGGAAACGUGCUCGUGGACAUGGAAAAUUUAAAAACAAUUUUCGUUCCGAAACCAGUUUUGCCAGAUGUGAAAAUACCAGAACCGCCGGUUUGGGUAUCGAAAUGUCCACAAAAAGCAAAAACUAGAACGCAGAAGCUGAUAGAAAGAGCCCUUCGUUAUGCCCAAAUCGAGCAAGCCGAGAGUGCCCCAUCGAAUUUCCGAUUGAAACGGUUUCCGCACGUGUGCCGGAUGUGUUUCAAGCCGAACUCUAGCCAGGUCUUGAUGGUUUCUCUUUCAACGGCCGAUCCCGCUAUGGGGGAAGGAACCAUCAGUGAUUUCAUCGCGCGCAUUCUGGCGCCGAUCGUAACUUUCGAUGAGAGCAAAAAACAACUUUUACCACAGGCGAUUUGCCUGCCAUGCCUUGAGUUGCUCAGGUUCUUUGCCAGAUAUUACUCCAAGAUCACUACGCUGCACCUUCUUAUGAACUCUUUAUUAGAACUGAAGCGUCAAAACUUCGAUCCGAUUGUACAGUUUUUUAACACUGAAUCUAAUCAAGUUCGCACGCUGAUUAAAGACCUGGACUUAUGUAGUUUAAAGGAUUAUUCGGUGGAUGAUUUGCUGGAGGAAUUCCCAACCUAUGAUUUGGCGUCCUUUGAAGGAUUUGGGAAAGAAGAGUCCAAAGAAGCUGAAAGUCACAUCCCGGUCGAGGAAAGUACUACCAAAAACAUAAAGACUGAGCACAAUCAACUGGAUCUAUUCGCAACGGACAUUUUGGAUGAUGUUCCCAUAAAAGUAAAGAAACGGAGGAAAAGGGCUCCUGUGCAGAAGCUCGAAGAACCACUACAAUGUGAAAAAUGUCCCUAUUCGGCAUACAACAAGCGAACCUUUCAAUCACACAAACUCCUACACGAUGUUCGAAAGCCCAAAUCAAAUGCCUGUAAGAAACCGGGCUGUUCGGAAGUGUUCCAAAGUCGGUUAGAGUACGUCCGUCACGUUAAAAUCGCCCACAAAGCGUACGUCUGCGAAAUUUGUGGGCAUCGGUGCGUUUCGAUGGCCUAUCUAAAGAACCAUGUGGCUCGCCAUCUAAAGAAGUUUGAACAUUUGUGUCCCUACUGCAAGCGAGGGCACAACACGAAGGCCGAUCUGCGCAUCCACAUCCAGAUUAUGCAUUUGAACACUUACAGUUACCGGUGCGAAACGUGCGCAAUGACAUUCCGGAAAAAAUCCAGUCGGGAUGAACACCAGCUUGGCCACAGCAAUGUCUACGCUUUUCCUUGCCUGCAGUGCGACAAAAAGUUUAAAAAGCCGCAGUUCUUGAAGAGUCACGUCAGUGUUGUGCACGAAAAAAAUCGUGUUCUGUGUCCGCACUGUAAUGGACAAUUUGUGUCCCGGUACAAACUGAACAACCACAUAGAGCAAGCUCACGGAAUUCAGAUUCGGUUCGUUUGUGACGUUUGCGUUCAAACGUUCAACAGCCAGGACAAGCUGGACAGUCACCGGGAGCGGCACGAUAAGCCCCAUGAAAUGGAGUGUCCGAGGUGUUUGGUGCUCUUCGCGUCCAACGAAAUGUUCAAAGAUCAUCUGUGCAUCACUUAUAGGGACGACUACGUAUGCUGCGGACGAGAUCAUCGAUACCACCUAAUGUACAAUAAGCAUAUGUUUCUGAAGCAUGGCAUCCGGAUGAACGCACGGGUGAAACCGAUUCCGGGUCAACUGAUGGGUGCGAUGAGAGCCAAGAGGAAACGCAUCGAGAUGUGUCUGAAGUGUGAACAAAUCUUUCCGACUAGGACACUCAAGAAGCAACAUAUGGAGAUCUGCAUGGCAGAGGUAGAAGCGCUUGAGGAAGAUGGUGCUGAUAUAGAUAUUGAAUGCACAGAAAUUUAUAAACAUGAAGUUGAAUGAAUGACAAUGGUUUCUUGGAACAGACAA